GAUCCCUUGCGCACCCCAGAGGAGGAGUUAAUUGCUCUGCCUUUUGGUACUGUUGACUACUAUCGCUCUCUGUCCCCCGCACACUGUCUAGAGGUGCACGCCAUUUACUCCCCAACUUCAUCAUCUCUCAGUAGGUCUGGGCUGUGUCCCAUUGCUGCAGCCAUGGCACCCAAAAAGAACAAGUCCACAAAAAAAAAUAAAGGAGAUUUAACUGAAAUGACAAUUAUGGUGGAGGACAGCCCGAUCAACAAGAUGAAUGGACUGAAUGCCCUUCUGGAGGGAGGAAAUGGCUUCAGCUGUAUCUCUACGGAAGUUACCGACCCUGUGUAUGCUCCUAACCUCUUACAAGGUUUGAGCAACAUGCGACAGGAUAGCUUCCUUUGUGAUCUUACCGUAGCUACUAAGUCAAAGUCCUUCGAUGUCCACAAGGUGGUCAUGGCCUCUUGCAGCGAGUACAUUCACAACAUGUUGAAGAAGGAUUCAUCCCUCACAACGAUAGAUCUCAACGAUCUUUCACCUGUAGGCCUUGCCACAGUCAUCACAUAUGCCUACUCGGGUCAGAUGACCCUGUCUUUGUAUGGUAUUGGCAGCACAAUUGCGGCAGCUCUGUUGUUACAGAUCAACACCCUGGUGAAGAUGUGCAGCGACUUCCUCAUGCAGGAGCUGAGCGUGGAGAACUGCAUGUAUGUGGCCAACAUUGCUGACACCUACAACCUCAAAGAAACCAAGAUUGCCGCUCAGAAGUACAUGCGCGAGAACUUCAUCGAGUUUUCAGAGAUGGAGCAGUUCCUGAAGCUGACCUACGAACAGAUCAGUGACUUCCUCACAGACGACUCCUUGCAGCUGCCCUCCGAGAUCACUGCCUUCCAGAUUGCUAUGAAGUGGCUAGACUUUGAUGAGAAGAGGCUGAAGUAUGCUGCAGAUCUCUUGACUCACAUCCGCUUUGGUACCAUCUCGGCCCAGGACCUGGUUAACCACGUCCAGAGUGUUCCCAGGAUGAUGCAAGACCCUGAAUGCCAUCGUCUGCUGGUCGACGCCAUGAAUUACCACCUGUUGCCAUUCCAGCAGAAUAUCCUUCAGUCUCGCAGGACAAAGGUGCGUGGAGGUCUCCGGGUGCUGGUGACAGUAGGUGGACGGCCUGCCUUGACAGAGAAGUCUCUUAGCAAAGAGGUACUCUACAGAGAUGAAGAUAAUGUGUGGAAUAAAUUGACAGACAUGCCAGCUAAGAGCUUUAAUCAGUGUGUGGCAGUCUUGGAUGGCUUCCUUUAUGUGGCUGGAGGAGAAGACCAGAAUGAUGCGAGGAACCAGGCUAAACAUGCUGUCAGCAACUUCUGCAGGUAUGAUCCACGAUUCAACACUUGGAUCCAUUUGAACAACAUGCUCCAAAAGCGCACCCACUUCAGUCUCAACACUUUCAAUGGCCUCCUGUUUGCUGUCGGAGGCCGCAACUCUGACGGCUGCCAGGCCUCCGUGGAAUGCUAUGUGCCAUCAUCCAACCAAUGGCAGAUGAAAACACCCAUGGAGAUCCCUAGGUGCUGUCAUGCCAGCUCUCUCGUCGAUGGCAAAAUCUUGGUAACUGGUGGUUACAUCAAUAAUGCCUAUUCAAGGGCUGUGUGUUGUUAUGACCCUUCCACUGACAGCUGGCAGGAUAAGAACAGCUUGAGCACCCCGAGAGGCUGGCACUCUUCAGUCACAAUAGGAGACAGAGCCUAUGUCAUUGGUGGCAGCCAGCUGGGCGGGCGUGGUGAGAGGGUGGAUGUCUUAGCAGUCGAAUGUUACAACCCUCAGAGCGGGCAGUGGAGCUACUCUGCCCCCCUGCAUACGGGGGUUAGCACAGCUGGUGCCAUCAUCCUGGAGAACAAGAUCUACCUCAUGGGAGGAUGGAACGAAAUUGAGAAGAAGUACAAGAAGUGCAUCCAGGUGUACAACCCAGAUCUCAAUGAAUGGACUGAGGAUGACGAGUUGCCAGAGGCUACAGUUGGCAUCUCAUGCUGUGCUAUUACUAUACCCACACGCAAAACGCGAGAGUCUAGGGCUAGCUCAGUCUCGUCGGCACCUGUCAGCAUAUAGAAGUUUAAGUUAUUGUUCCUCAAGCCAGUCGGUAUACCAAAGAACCCCCAAAUACUUUAAUGUCAUCCCAUCUUUGAAAGUCAAAUCUGUGCUUGUAUUGACCAAAUCCAUUGUCAAUAAAAUAGAAAAACUGA